AUGGCAAAAGCAAGUAAAAACACACCUGCAAAAUCCACUAGCGAAGGCAAGAAGAACUCGAAGAUCACCGAGACCGGUAGUAAGAGAGGGUUGAAGGGUCGUGAAAAUAGCGCAAGAGAAGAGGAUGGUGAUGCUGUGAGCCUCGAGCCACCCGAAAUCGAGUGGACCAAAGAACUCACCUUUCAGAUGCUCACUGAGAUCACUGAAGACGAGGAUAUCAAACAAGGCUUGUUUCCAUUGGUGUUGCGGGACAAAGGCACACCAAAGCAGAAAGAAGCCUGGCACACCAAGAUUAAAAAUAGGUUAAAACGGAUGACGGUUAACACCUUAAAGUACAUCGAAGUGAUGGGUGCCACAGGUGCCGGUAUCAAAAAGAGGUCUGAUGUGGAUAAAAGCCGUCAAAACCAAUUCGUGAUAAAGUGGAUGGAGAUUGAGGGAGCAUGUCCUUACUUCUUCGAGAUGUGCGAGCUCAUUGCUCGCCUGACUGGGGGGUAUGCCUCCGAGGAGUGGGAUAUCGAGAGGCAGACUCCAGAAUGUGGGAAUGACUCGGCGAAGAAUGUUGCAUUGGUGCCUUCUGAAGACGGAAAACAUGUCGACGGUGUUCAGAAGCGAUGGGGGACAGAAAAUGAGAAGGCUCCAAGGAAAAAGAAGCAGAAAAAAGACGAGUUUGCUGAGAUUGUGCAGGCCGAAGAGGUGACAUGGCAGAAGGAGAUGGAUGUUGCCAAGGCGAGAGCAGAAAAAGAUAUCAUGAGGGCCAAGAUCAAGUUGGCGAAGAUUGAAUUGGAGCGCGAGAAGUUAUGUGACCAGAGAGAACGAAGGCGAGAUCGAGCUGCGAGAAAGCACCCUCCGACAAUUCAUGGCCACUACCGUGAGGCUUCACAUCACUCUGCAACACCAUCUUUUGACUUUGCCUUCCAUGAUGACAUCGAACCGAGUUUUAUGGGUCCAGGACCUUCGUCUUCGAGGGCUUCAUCUGCUGACCCUUUCUCUGACCCUAUUUCAAGGUCUGAUGCUUCAUUUCAAGUUGAGUACAUUUUACCAGCUGUUCCUCAGUAG